AUGAACGCCGGGCGGCGAUGGCCGGCACCCGGCAGCCUGGCUGCGCUCUGCGCCGCGCUGCUCCUGCUGGGUCUGCAACCGCCCCCCGUGCCAGCCGACGGGAAACUCUUCCUGCUGGAGUCUCAGAACGGCUCUCAGGGCCUGGACCUGGAGGCAGCUCGGCUCUCCUGCAGGAGCAGGGGUGCCCACCUGGUGUCCGCUGAAGAGCUCAAGAGGGUGGUCCAAGACUGCGCCUUCGCAGUGUGCACAACAGGCUGGCUGGAUGAUGGCACCCUUGGGACAACUGUGUGCAGCAAAGGGAGCGGAGAGCAGCAAAUCGCCAGGGCUGUUGAUGUGAGAAUUGACAGUCACCCAGUUCCUGGCGCCAAGUACAACGCCCUUUGUAUUAAGGAUGAAGAGAGGCCGUGUGGAGACCCACCAUCCUUCCCACACACCAUCCUCCAGGGUCGCACUGGCUUGGAGAUGGGGGAUGAGCUGCUGUAUGUGUGUGCACCAGGCUCCGUCACAGGCCAUCAAGAAACUGCCUUCACCUUGCUGUGUAACAGCUGUGGGGAGUGGUAUGGGCUGGUACAAGCCUGCGGGAAAGAGGCGGCCGAGGCCCACGUCGACUACGAGGACAGCUUCCCCGACGACCGAUCCGGGUCCUUCCGGGAGCUCACGCAAGACUCGCGGGCCGAGGGGGAGGAGGACGAGGCGUCCGAGGAGCCGGCCCGACACGGCCGCAUCCGCCCGGCCCUCACGUCUGCGUCGGCGGAGAUCGCGCCCAGCACGGGCUCGCCCGGCGCGGCCGGCAGGGGCCGCACGCGCACGCGCCGGCCCGGGCCACGCCCACACGGGAAGUACUCGCUCUGGUUUCCGGCGCCGGGGCGGGAGCUGGGGGCUGAGCCUGACGCCAGGCCGGGGCUCGCGGCCGCGCGCCGGCCCUCGCAGCCGUCCGCGGGUGGGGGUGGCGGCGGCAGCGAGCCCGGCGACACGGCGGCGGGCAGCACCGACGACUCCUGGCUGGAUGGCUACCCCGUGACCGACGGGGCCUGCAGGGAGGCGUCGGUGGGGCUGGGUCCCGGGGGUCAGCCUGCCGGGGGAGCUGACGGGCGCAGGGACGCCGCCGCCGCCGCCGGCACCAGGGAGCCGCCUCCAUCGCUCGACGUGCAGGCGCUGGCUCCAGGCCCCGUGGAUGAGGCCGAGGCCGAGGGUCCCCGCACGGGCAAUGGUGACCUGACCAAGUAUCGAUCAGCUGCACCUCGGAGCGUCGCCACAGGGAGGGCCCCCGCAGACACCUUAGCCUACGAACUCGCCACCUCCACCCGAGGGACAGCGCCAACAACAACGCAGCACACCCUUAAACUCGUCCCCUCGGAGGCCACCCAGCCUCCAGCCGGGGCCACCCAGCCUCCAGCCGGGGCCACCCAGGCUCCAGCCGGGGCCACCCAGCCUCCAGCCGGGGCCACCCAGGCUCCAGCCGGGGCCACCCAGCCUCCAGCCGGGGCCACCCAGCCUCCAGCCGGGGCCACCCAGGCUCCAGCCGGGGCCACCCAGCCUCCAGCCGGGGCCACCCAGGCUCCAGCCGGGGCCACCCAGCCUCCAGCCGGGGCCACCCAGCCUCCAGCCGGGGCCACCCAGCCUCCAGCCGGGGCCACCCAGGCUCCUGAGGGCCAGGACAGCUUCCCCUACCUGCUGUCUGAGGACUUCUUGGGACAGGAGGGCCCUGGGCCCGGUGCAAGCGAGGAGAAACUUCUUCCAACCUCGGCAGCAUGUGUGGGGGAUGACUGUCCCGGCUUACGGAGGGGCCCCGUGAUCGCCAUCAUUGUCACUGUCCUGUGCCUGCUGCUGCUCCUGGCGGUCGUGGGAGCCGUGUGGGGCUACCGCAGGUACCAGCACAAGAGCUCUGUAUACAAGCUGAAUGUUGGACCGCGGCAGGCUAGACACUACCACCAGCACAUCGAGAUGGAGAAGGUCUAGCCUCCCCCCGUCAGCUUGGGCUCUCCCCAAGCCACCUGGAGGAAGAUUAACUGUCACUCGUCACACUGAUAAUUCUCAGGAUCGGAGGCGGAUAAGGGUUCACCCUCUAAAGUUCAAGUCUUCUGUGCUCAGAGAAGGGUCCCUGGAGGCAUCUAGCGGGCAGAAAGGGUCUGGUGGAGCCGUCACACAUGCCAAGGUCUCUUCAGCCACAUGCUCUGGAAUUCACUGCCCGAAUCACAGGCCUCUGCGUUUGUAAGGUUGCGUUGUCACUGUUUGAAUCAUCUUUUUGUUUCAUCACGUAAUGCCUUUCCAUCUUGAGAGAGAGUUACAGACCCUGUGCCCUGAAACGUGUGGUUUUGAUGAGCCGUGUUAGGAAACUGAUGUCCAGUUGUGGAAUGGGACAGGGAAGGAGCCUGCUGUCUCCUUUUAGUGUGAUGCUGCUGAGGACAGUCGGGAGCCAGAACAUACUUCGUAAACUUUGACUUCCUCGUUUGUUCGUUGAAAUUGGAGAGAAUUUCAGACUGACAUCCUGCCUCGGGGUAUGAGGAGCAAAGAGGCCCAUUGCCCACCCUGACCCUGCAGCUGUGAGACAGAUUUCCUUUAAGAGCAAGGUGAACUUUGUACCACUGAGGACAUUGGGUGCCCUCUGCUCUGUGCCUACAAAGGCUUGGGGUUGCUACCAGGGCUGGUGACAAAACCCAACUCCUCUCUCAGGAUGAACUGUUUCUCUGAACUCCAGUAAGGGGGGACGAUGUGCCCUGUCUAGUUUGACCUCAGCAUCUCGACAGCAGUGUGUGAAGUGUCACCUCCGGCUGUCCCCAGGGUAUUAACCCAGAAGUAAGCACACCAUGCUUUUCUAUCUGAGUUCCUUCCUGAAGGUAUAAAAGCGAUGGAGGCCAUACAUUUAUUCUGAGGCAUCCUGGCAGUGUCUAUUUUCAUAUGGGACAAGAAACCCUGAGAUGUGCCUGUGUAGGUGGUGAUUUUACAGCUGAAAUGUAGGCAGCAGGGGCUGUGGCUUUGUCUGGCAGGUGUGAGGCCCUAGGUUCCAUCUCUGGUACCACAAAAACAAAAGAGUUGGUGACGGCAUUUUACCAAAGGAAGAGAAAAAGAUGUCAUGAUGUAUUUCCUGUGCUGUCAUGCACGCUUUGAAAAACGCCAGCCUCAGUAGCUACAAAACAGUGUAACACCACACAAAAUCCCACUGACCAUAACUAGGUCAAACGAAGGCCUGAGGGAACCUGCUAGAAUACGUCUGCCACCAAGGGAACGGAAAGAAGGGAAAAGAUGCUUUCUGUACGUAGCCAAAGAACUCGACGGAGUAAACCCAGAGACUGUAUAUUUUUAAAGUAGAGUCUAAUCUCUUGUGACAUAGCAUUUCUAUUUUUAUCACUAGCUAUGUAAAAUAACCUCCGUCUCCACAUGGGGACCCUGUCAGUAACUAAAAUUAACCCCGAACCCUGAAUUUAUAUCAACGUGUAAGUAGAUGGUGUUGAAACCAGUGUAUUAAUAAGUUGAUUGUAAAUUAUUAACACAUGUCAAUGCAUUCUGUUGUAGACAUGGACAUGGACUAUAAAGUAAGCGCAACACAUUAGCUCAUAAUUUUGACUGAUUUGCUGUGAAGGGACAUGAGCCUGCAUGUCGGAGGGCGUGAGCUGUCACUACAAAUCUUUGAAAAUAAUAGAUGCUUAUGAAAAUGGGGAGGGAGAAGGUUUUCUUUAAUAUAAGCUUUUGAUAUAUUUAAAAUAAAUGUUAUU